AUGGUCUCAAGUGAAGAUCUGUUCUGGGGCCCACUCUCUCACAUUGCCAGCACUGGACCCAUCACUUUGUUUUUCUCUUCCUUAGGUCACAUCACCAUGAAACAACUGAUAGCCAAGAAGAGGCUUUUGGCAGCAGAGGCGGAGGAACUGAAGCCGCUGUUUCUGAAGGAAGUUGGCUAUCACUUUGAUGACUUUGUGACGAAUCUCAUUGAGAAGUCUGCGUCUCUGGACAAUGGUGGCUGUGCACUCACAACCUUCUCCAUUAUUGAAGAAAUGAAAAAGAACCACCGAGCCAAAGACCUGAGAGCACCUCCAGAGCAAGGGAAGAUUUUUAUUGCAAGGCGGUCUCUCUUAGAUGAGCUGUUUGAAGUGGACCACAUCAGAACAAUUUAUCACAUGUUCAUCGCGCUCCUCAUCCUCUUUAUCCUCAGCACACUCGUGGUGGAUUACAUUGAUGAAGGAAGGCUGGUGCUUGAGUUCAAUCUCCUGGCCUAUGCUUUUGGCAAACUUCCUACUGUUAUUUGGACAUGGUGGGCCAUGUUCCUGUCUACACUUUCGAUCCCUUAUUUCCUGUUCCAACGCUGGGCCCACGGCUACAGCAAGAGUUCUCAUCCGCUCAUCUAUUCCUUUAUCCACGGGUUUUUCUUCUUAGUCUUUCAGCUUGGAAUUCUAGGUUUUAUGCCGACCUAUGUUGUCUUAGCGUAUACACUGCCACCGGCCUCCAGGUUCAUCGUUAUACUUGAACAGAUUCGUAUGAUAAUGAAGGCUCACUCUUUUGCCAGAGAGAAUGUGCCUCGAGUGCUCAAUGCAGCCAAGGAGAAGUCAAGCACAGUUCCAGUACCCACAGUCAACCAGUACCUGUACUUCUUGUUUGCUCCUACGCUUAUUUACCGUGACAGCUAUCCAAGGACUCCUGUUGUACGAUGGGGUUAUGUUGCUAUGCAGUUUUUACAGGUUUUCGGUUGCCUGUUUUAUGUCUAUUACAUCUUUGAGAGGCUCUGCGGCCCGCUGUUCCGGAACAUCAAACAGGAGCCCUUCAGCGCCCGAGUCUUGGUCCUGUGUGUAUUUAACUCCAUCUUGCCAGGUGUGCUGAUGCUGUUCCUUACGUUUUUUGCCUUUUUGCACUGCUGGCUCAAUGGCUUUGCUGAGAUGAUGCGCUUCGGUGACAGGAUGUUUUACAAGGACUGGUGGAACUCUACGUCAUACUCCAAUUACUACAGGACCUGGAACGUGGUGGUCCAUGACUGGCUCUACUACUACGCUUACAAGGACCUCCUCUGGUUUUUCUCCAAGAGGUUCAAAACUGCUGCCAUGCUGGGUGUCUUCGCCCUGUCCGCUGUUGUGCAUGAGUACGCUCUCGCCGUCUGCUUGAGCUAUUUCUACCCGGUGCUCUUUGUUCUCUUCAUGUUCUUUGGAAUGGCUUUUAACUUCAUUGUCAACGACAGUCGGAAAAGGCCAAUCUGGAACAUUAUGAUGUGGGUUUCUCUUUUCCUGGGCCAUGGAGUCAUUCUGUGCUUUUAUUCUCAAGAAUGGUAUGCCCGUCAGCACUGUCCUCUGAAGAACCCUACAUUUCUGGAUUACGUCCGGCCGCGGUCCUGGACUUGUCGGUACGUGUUCUAGAUGCCCUGGCUCUGCCUCCGUCCUUGCCACUGAAGAUUGGACAUUCUUCUGACUCCGAGCCAGCUGUCAGCAACAGAUGCUGAGCGUAUCUCUGCCACGUCGUUGACUGCUCUGGCCUUUCCGGAUGGCUCACCUGAAGCUGGGUUGUGGGAAGUUCACUUAGUGCUUUUCUUGUUUUGUUUCCUUUUAGAGAGAAAGAAGACCAGUAUCUGAGCUAAUGGCAGAUUUUUGUGGGAAAAUCUCAGCUCAAGCCUUGGUAGCUUUAUCUGUUUAUUUCAUUGAUUCUAUCCAAC